AUAGAAUUAUCCACGGAUGAUUAUAAGACGAGUUAUUCCAUUAUCAUCAACUCGAUCAAAGGAGGAAGAAAAAUUUCCUAUUAUUAUAUUUUUUUCUUACGCAAAAGACUUCUCUCAACUGUGUUGAUAAUAAUCAUAAUUGAUCGAUCUUGUAUAAUCCCUCGUGCUGUUCAAAUAAAUUAAAAUUAAUUAAUUAAUUUGAUAAAGUUUUGUAUUACAAAAAAGAAAAAGGUGAAAAAAUACUUUGUUUAAUAUCAAAACCAUAUUUUUGACGAUGAAUUCUCGUCAUUCUCUCGCGAGAAAUGAAGGGCAAUGAGCUUAAUUCCUUCAUAUCCAAGGCAUUAACUGGUACACUUGACAAAGAAAAAGAGAAUUUCGAGUAUAUAGAAAUGCAAGAAAAUACGUUGUCCCCAUCACCUCCAAUUCUCUCGAAGUCUAUCGUUAUCACAGUGCAGCCACAAGGACAAAUUGAAGAGUUAAGAAGACCAAUACCUGUGAGUACGUUGGAUUGGAUAUCGACUCCGAGAUCACAACUGACCGUACUGUCAGGAAGCCAUUUCCUGGCCAAUGUGGAGCAACUGGAAAUACAACAGAUUGUUGAUUUAAAUACACUACUUGGUAAAUCGGAAAAAAGAUUCCAGUACAGAGUAAAAGUACCGAAAGCUGAAACUUUAUUUUUGGCAAUGGAAGAAAAAAGCAAGAACCGAUUGAGUGAAUGGAAUUGUUCCAACUUAAUACGCGAUCAUUUUGUGUUAAAUGUUGUGGAUCGAUCUGGCGAAACUGCAUUCGUCAUGAAUAUGGAUACCAGCCUGAUGUAUAUUUUUAAUAAAUUACAUAGGAUGACGGUGAAAAGCAGAAAUUUAAUUGGCACGGUGGAAGAAAAUUUUAAUAUAAUAGGUUCGAGUUUCACGGUAUACGAUGCGAUACGGAACAAACUUUGUAACAUAUAUGGUCCAAAUGUGUGCGGUUGCUGUAUGUAUCAAGAAGCACAGUUUCAGGCUGUUUUCAAAAAUCGAUAAUUAAAAUUUAAUUAAUUGGUAAUUCUUGAAAUGAAAUAAUUUUUCUCUUUGCGAAAAUAUUAUCAUCGUGAUCUACAAACUCUGCAAUUAUAAUUUUUUGUUAAUAAAAGUGAAACGAAAAUUUUUGCGAAGAAAAAAAUUUGCAGUUAUUACCAAGAAUCAUCAAUUAAGGUUUAUCACGAUCGACUUCUAAGACACUCUGGAAAUAACAAAGAUAUUGAACGACGAUCAAAGAUGAGUCUGUAUUUACAUAUCAUUUGUAUAUUAUAAUAUAUUGAUUUGUUUUAGGUAAUUUCGAUUGAUGGUACUCAUCAAAUGGCAUCUCUUAUGCAUCAGUGGGACAAUAAUCUUCGUGAUUAUGUAUUAUUAAUUACAUUUCCUACGGACAUGAACACAAAUCUUAAAAGUUUACUUCUCGCUGCAGCAUUU